CUAGUCUUUUAGAUAAAUAGUUCAGAUAAGCGACAAGUUGACAAAUUAGACACAUGUGCAACACUCGGGUAUCUUUAUUGUGGAAAUGUUUCACCGUACAUUGACUUCAUCAGUCCAAGUGUUGCAUGUGUCUAAUUUGUCAACAUGUCUAGUCAUACACAACCCUAGCCAUGGAAAUGAGAAAUGUCCCCUCUGGUUAACAGCACUGGUGGCAGCAGUGAUGGUAGGUCCCAGAAUUGGUCGCUACGACGAUGGGGAAGAUCCGUUACCCAUGGGCUCCGCCACCAACGCCCUCUUAGGGAUGUUCAUGCUGUGGUGGGGAUGGCUGGGCUUCAACUGUGGCAGCACCUUUGGCAUAACUGGGGACAAGUGGAAGUACGCUGCACGCACGGCCGUAGUCACUAUCCAGUCAAGUAUCGGCGGUGGUCUGGCCGGAAUGAGCCUCACCUGGUACAAGAACCACAGACUCGAGGUCGCUGAUGUAGUCAACAGCAUCCUAGGAGCACUAGUCUCCAUCACAGCUGGUUGUGCACUCUUCACCACCUGGGAAGCUCUCUUCGUCGGUAUAGUUGGGGGUCUUACCGCUGUGCUGGCCAUGCCAUUCUUCGAUAAGCUGCAUAUUGAUGACCCCGUCGGAGCCACCUCUGUCCACGGCUUAUGCGGGCUCUGGGCCAUGGUGGCCAUCGGACUCUUCGUUGAAGCAGACAACUUGAUGGGCAUAACCAAGGGCAAGGCUGGCCUUUUCCGAGGUGGAGGAUUCUACUUACUGGGAGUACAGAGUCUCGCCUGCCUGUCUAUCUCAGCCUGGUCUGGUGGAUGCACCUUCAUUCUUCUCUACGUUAUCAAUAAGAUUACUCCUAUCCGGAUGACUGAGUGGGAGGAGCUGGUGGGCGCAGACUUCGCAGAACACGCCAUAUACCGUCGAAAUAUUGGGGUUUCAAGGGCCGUCUCCGUGCUGGGUCUGCAACAUAAUGGCUACGAUUUCAGCGACAUCCGGCCCCAGGGCGAUAACCCUUGUCACAUUAAGGUGCUCCAGACUAUGCAGGAUCUCUCACGUCGUGGCUCGACCGUCUCUAAAGCGGGAGGACAAGUGACCCGUGACCAAAUCAAGGCCUCAUUCAUUACCAGUUUCCUCAGCCGUAAUGCCACCAACCAAUCCCGCUCCUCUGACGUCGAAGUAACACCGGUGGAGUCGAUGGAACCUUCAGCAUUCAGCCAUGCCUGGACGUGAAACUGCGGUCGCCGAGGCCAGGUCUUCAACCGUGGAAGUAAUAUCGGUAGAAUCACUGGGGCCUUUAGCCAUGCCUGAGUGUGAAGUUGAUGUUCCGCCAUCAUGCACAGCUUCUACCUUCUACGUGAACGUGUCCUCAGGGAUAUAUGGGAUUAAAAGUAUACUAGCUCAAGGGUUCGAAUUUAAGGUGAUCUGAAAUUCGACAUCACACAUAAUACGUAAAAUUCAAAGUAAACUGCAGCAUGAUUAUCGGUGUUGCCUGUGAGUCUCAGACUCUGAAGUACUCUCUGUAAAGUACUAAAAAUAUAUAACCAAGACCGAGCUCACAGGAAGGAUGUCUUGUUGAAUAAAUUUUGAUUUAGAAAUGUAAGAAAACACAGUUUUGAGUGGAACAAACCUCAAAGUAGCGCUAUUGAUGAGAGCACUUCAUAUAGCUUUAAAAACAGGCUAGACAAAUACGCAAGUGGGAAUGAUUGUGUGAGCAUCACCUGCAGCAUGAGCCAGUAACCUACUGCAAAACUUGGUUUUCUUAUUUUUAUGUAUUGUCUGUAAGACCUUGUGUUAAAAAUUUCUAUUAGUUUUGGUGUUAUCAGCCCACGUCUUAAAAGUCAUCGACUUCAAGCGUUUCUAUUCGAACAUUAAACAUAAAGACUUUACAUUAAAAUGAAUCACUUGCGGAGACGUGCAUCUUUUAUAAUAGUUUAAGUCGCUAAGUACUGGUAGAGUUAAGAUCAUGCAGGAAUGGGGCGACCGCUCAGCCAAACUGAAUAGUUUCAGAUCGGCCAAAAAAAAAAAUGAUACCUGAUCAGUGAGAUUUAUGGGGACGAGGUUCACAGGUACGUUCCUGAAAUAUUUCAUCCACAUAAUUUGAGGGGGCCACAAUAAGCAACAAUUAAUUGUACUUACCAUUGUUGUACCUCAGUCAGGUGGGAUUUCAGACGCUAGGCUACACCAUGCCUCUCGGAGACCCACACUCUUUCUCCCACCCACAAAGUCGGGCCUGUCAAAUAUUAUAACAUAAAAUUAAUACCAAUAAUGUUCGUAAAUUACAAGAUAUUGUGUGGACUGUAUGAUGGUUUGCCACUUGAAAAGAAAGGGGAGGGGAUCUGUUGAGUACACAACAUUUUACAAAAAAAAAAAAUUAUGCAUAUUAUAUAAUGAGCACUUACCAUUUAAUUACUGGAUCAUAAUUAUUAUUUUUUAAAACACAUCCUAACGCUACCACUACAGCUAGAAUUUGCGAAGGUCAAUGCAUAACUAGUGUACGUUAUGGGUAAGCAUCACUUAACUAAUGUGUGUUUCUAGGAAAAAUCGAUGUCCUCUAUUUUUCCGUCCUUGUUGCCGAAAUAUUAGGGUUUUCCAAACUAUUUAACCCACUUCUUCAGCAGGAACGUGUCAGCAAUUUUUAAAUUACUGAAUGAGGCCAAUAUACACCAACUGAACUUCGGUGAUGCCUGAUUACAUUACACAAUUUUCCACAACAACCAGUACUCGCAAAUCACAAAUGAUGUCCUCCCGCGGCGUCACUCCCCAGCUGGUGUCCCCCCCCCCCACUCGAAAUUUCUCGAGGGGUCAAAUCAGCAUCACAAUUUAAUACACAAUUAUCAUAUAAUUCAAAUUUACACAUGCUGAAAUUAGGAAAAUUCUGAAUUUUCCACAGUCAUUAAGGCUGCAGGUAACUGUUUCACCACCAGACAAGAAUACUUUAAUAUCUAAAAUAAGGAUUAAAGUAACUAUCAGCAUGUAUACGCUGAAAUUAUUAUUAUUAUUAUUAUAAUCAAAAAGAAGCGCUAAGCCACAAGGACUAUACAACAAUAUACGCUGAAAGAAAUACACCUUUUGGUGUAUAUAUCCUGUGAAUUGAUAUCUAUGUAUGAAAAUGCACACGUGGGAAGAUAGGCUUCGGAGUGUGAAAUGAACAUAGAAAUAUGCUGUAAUAAUUGA